CUAUUUUCGUUCUUCUUCCUUCUUUUUGGAUUAAUUAAAGACCCACCUGAAGUUUAAAUUCUCAUUUGUUUUCUUGCAAAACCCUGAACCAAAGUUUGCAUCUUUCUCCUUCAGUUCGUGUCUUUUUCUUUGGAGAAGUUUCUUUUUGAAGCAAGAAGCUUGAAGAUAAUGGGUAUGGGCACAAGCACUUUCGUUAUCAGAUGGGUCAAUCUUCUUACUAUGCUAUUGGCUGUGGCAGUAAUAAUAUUUGGGGUGUGGAUGAGUACACACAAUGAUGGAUGCAGGAGGUCACUUACCUUUCCUGUCUUAGCCCUCGGUGGUUUCAUCUUCUUGAUAUCCAUAAUCGGGUUUCUUGGCGCGUGCAAGAGAAGUGUAGCUCUUCUUUGGAUUUAUCUGGUUGUGCUCCUGAUCGUCUUGAUAGCGAUUCUUGUCUUUACAGUCUUAGCGUUCAUUGUAACAAACAAUGGGUCUGGACAUACCAACCCUGGUUUAAGGUACAAGGAGUAUAAGCUGAAUGAUUACAGCUCUUGGUUUCUAAAACAGCUUAACAACACCGAUAACUGGAAAAGACUGAAGAGUUGUCUUGUUAAAUCCGAGCAAUGCAGGAAGCUUUCUAAGAAAUACAAGACCAUCAAACAGUUGAAGUCUGCAGAGUUAACCCCUAUAGAAGCUGGAUGCUGUCGACCACCAUCUGAGUGUGGUUAUCCUGCGGUGAAUGGUUCUUACUACGACCUGAGCUUUCAUUCAAUAAGUUCUAACAAAGAUUGUAAGCUUUACAAGAAUUUGAGGACAGUCAAGUGCUACAACUGUGAUUCUUGCAAAGCUGGAGUAGCUCAGUACAUGAAAACCGAGUGGAGACUUGUUGCGAUGUUCAACGUGGUUCUGUUCCUUGUCUUGUCAAUGGUGUACUUUGUUGGGUGCUGCGCGAGAAGGAAUGCUGCUAGUUACCGGUCCAAAGCUUAGAAACUGAAGCUUUGCUCAUUCUAUUGUUGGUGAAUGCUUUACAGGAGGAGACUGGCUAGAGAAGGCACAAGAACAACCACUUCUCUUCAUUAUUUAACUGUAAUCAAUGAACUGAGACAGAUGGAAUAUUAACAUGAAAAAAUUUGAUUGGAAUUUUACAAAAGUCUAGUCUUUAUUCA